GUAGAAUAUCGGGUUUUCGAGAGCUCACUUGGACACCGCCCCGCACGCCAAAGCGCACACAGAACAAGAACGAAUAAGUGUUCCCCUCUUUUUGUACUGCAACUAUUUAUUGACAACGCGCCUUUGAGAUUAAUUUCCGUUGCAAAAGCAUACCACAACAACAAAAAUGACUGCACCACCUCCCCCUCCCCCUCCUCCGCCGCCACCACCGCCGCCGCAAAGAGUCGACGAUGGGUCCGCGGCGAACGUCGAUGGCGGCGUUGGCGGUGCGGCGGCUGCGAUGUUCGCCGAAAUACGCGACGGUGGCGACAACAUCACCUCUCGCCUGCGCCACGUCACGGACGACGAAAAGAUCUACAAGAAAAACAUCCAACACGGUGAAAUCGACAUGAGUGAGCUGGAAAGGAAGAAAGCCGCGGCCGAAGCACGGCGGGCGGCGCAGCGCAGCGAAGACGCGAUGAAGACCGCGCACGAGAAACCGGCGCAAGAGCCCGUAUUGGAGCUAGAGGGCGACAAGCGGUGGACGGUGCGGCACCAAGCCGGCACCGCCGAGAAGCAGCUGAGGCUGGAACUCGACAAGGUGGAGAUGCGCCACGCCGUCCGCAUUGAGAGCUGCAACCAUGUCUACAUCACGCUGACAAACAAGGUGAACUCCGUCAGCGUCGUGAACUGCACCAAAGUGCAGGUGGUGGUGCAGACCGUUGUUGCCUCGUUAGAGGUGCUGAACUGCGCGGACUGCGAUGUGCAGGUGACGCAGGCGGCCCCGACGGUGGCGGUGGAGCGCUCGUCCAACAUCAACGUUUACCUUCAGGACAAAGAGGAGGCGCGCAGAACUGAAAUCGUCACGGCGUGCAGCUCCACCGUGAAUGUGCUCUUUCCGUCCGAGAAGGACCCCGACGACGUCGUGGAGCGGGCCGUCGCGGAGCAGUUUGUGUCCCGCAUCGUGCCGGAUGGCAAAGGGGGCUUCAAGGUGGAGACCAAACCGAUCGAAUCGUUCUAA